UUUUUUUGUGAGAAUUUGGAAAUAUUCUCUCCCUGAUUUCCUUCUUUCUUCUGAGUUUUUGUGCGUUCUUCUAAUCUUACCAUGCUCAUUUGCUCAAGCUACCACCGCCGGAGACUACUCAUACUAGACUAGUAGAAAUGAGCAUGGCUGUUAUAGGAACAGCUACGGCCUCGUCGUGUUGCCUGACCAAGAUGAUCGGAUUCGCUCCUCUGUCAGCUCCGCCGCGCAGUUGUUGUAAGGUUUUGGCUGUCAAGGAAGGCCCAGAAAGACGGGGAGGUAGUCGCGUGGCUGUGACGGCCAGGUUUGGGUCUUCCAAGAGCGGUGGCGCCGGAGUUUUGGAGCGCCCCAAGUUUGACCAAUCCGGAUUUGAUCCUGCCACCCAACUUCAACAAGGAGGAGAUAUUGGACGAUCAAAGGACAAGAGAGGUGUUGGUAGCGGAGAUAGUUACAGAGUUUUGCUGAUUGAUGAUGUUCGCCACACCGAAAAAUUAGUUGCAAAGGUGUUGCUCCAAGUUGUUCCAUCUGUUACACCUGACGUUGCAAGAGGAUUAUUUCACAAAUCGAGGGAAGAUGGUGUCGCGGUUGUUAUCGUUACAGUGAAGGAACAUGCAGAAUUUUACUCCCAGAUGAUGAUUCGUGGCGGGUUACGAUCAACAAUAGAACCGGAUUCAAGUAAUCUGUGAAGCCGUCAACAAAAGAUCCGGCAUUUGCAAUGGUUUACAGUUGCAUUUGUAAAAGUGAUCUUCUAAUUUUGGAUUUACACUACGCGUGCGGAGAUAAUUUUGUAAGGGGACGAGAGAGAUGUCAAGUAGUUGAAUAUGUAGAAUUGUAUUUUUGAAACUUAUUUUGUAGCGGGAGCCUUCUUUUCAUAUCAAUUCGUUAAAUUUGGCUAGGAUAAUGAAAACAUAUCAACUUAUUCAU